AUGUCUCCUUCGUCUGCUGCCGCCUCGCUUGGUCAAGGAUCAGUCAACUGGUAUUAUGUCCUCACGAUAUUUGUCAUAGGCUCGGGGUCCAUCCCCAAGGGAUAUGACGAGGGCGGCUUCAGUGCUGCCCUUGCACUGCCCUCGUUCAAAAAUGACUACAAUCUCGACGCCGAGGAGUGGCUUGAUAAUGCCUCAGGCCUGGCUAGCAGAAAAGCUAAUAUCACCUCCUUGGGGGUUCUGGGUGCUGCCUUUGGCUCACUCCUUGCCCUGGCCAUGACGGACCGCAUCGGCCGCGUUAGAAGUUGGCGACUUCUUACGUGUGUGUACAUGAGUGGUUAUCUGAUGCAGGUCUUCUCGUCUGGUAUCUAUGGCUUCCUCCUCUUUGCCCGCGUCUGGGGCGGUCUCGGCGCUGGGGGCCUUACUGUUGUCGGGCCCCUUUAUCUCUCUGAGAUCUCGCCAGCCAAGAGCCGUGGCAUGAUUGUCAGCACUUCGAUGGUUUUCCUGCUGUCUUUCUUGUCUCUUGGUUUCUUCAUCAAUUAUGCCGCCAGUGUCACGAUGCCGGCCAUCCGAGCGCAAUAUCGACUGGUCAUUGCCAUCCCCUUGAUUCCAAUGGGGCUUGCCUUCUUAGCAUCCUUCCUAGUGGCUGAUACUCCCAGGUGGCUCGCAUCCAAGAAUCGGGGCGACGAGGCGCUCGGCGUUCUCGCACGGCUGCGGAACACCAAGGUUGAUGACAAGCAGCUGCAGGUGGAGUACCUCGAGAUUCAGGAACAAGUUCGAUCCCAGGAGAAGCUGCUGUCCGAGACGUCUAACUGGUCCCUGAUCAAAGAGAUCUGGAGCGUGCCCUCAUACCGCAAGCGAUUCCUCCUGGCCACCGCUAUGCAGACCGUCGCGCAGUGGUCCGGAGGGAACGGCAUCACCUACUAUAUUCCCCAGAUUUUUGUCUACGCGGGGGUCACCGCGCACAACAAGUCACUCAUCACAUCCGGCGCGUACGGCAUCGUCAAGCUUGUCUUUACUAUGGUAUUCACCUGGGGUAUGGUCGAUAUCAUCGGCCGCCGGCGCUGCUUCAUCGCGGGGUUAUCUCUGCAGCUUGCUGCCCAUGUCUUCAUGGCUAUUUACAUGGGCGUCUGGGUCAGUCAUGACCAUGCCGAUAAAGCCGCAUCAGACGCUGCCAUUGCAAGUGUAUUCGUCUAUGCCGUGGGCUGGUCCAUCGGCCUCUGCACUGUUCAGUAUCUGUACGGCACCGAGAUUUUCCCCACGCGUAUUCGGAAUGUGUGCUACGCAUUCAACAUGGCCCUGCACUGGUUCUUCCAGUUCGCAGUAGUGAGGGUCACGCCCAACAUGUUCGUAUCACUCCACAUCUAUGGCACAUACAUAUUCUAUGCCGUCAUCUCGUUUGCUGGUCUUGUCCUGCUGGGGCUGUGGGCCCCGGAGACCAAGGGCGUCCCCAUGGAGAGGAUGGAGGAGCUUUUUUCUGGACACUGGUGGUUAGGCUGGAAGGCAAAAGUUGAUGUUGAGUCGAGCGAAACCCAGACCCUGAGAAGAUCUCGAGCUUCAUCGCCCGCGGGCAUAAUAGAGAGGGCUUACGAUUAUAGCGAACGGAGCUCAGUAGCAGGUCCCUUUCAAUAG